CAGCAUGUUACGGAGUUGCGAUUCAUUGCCGUUGUUUGAGAAAAAUAGAAACGAACCUACAAUGAAAGACGCGGAAGGCUUAGAAUGUGUCAAGUGCAAGUUCAAAUUUACUCAGAGAUCCUCUCUUGUUCGGCAUACCAGGAAAUGUGUGGAUGGCCAGUUUCAAAGUAUCCGGCAAAAGGCUUGCCGUGAGUGUUCGGCUGCAAAGACGCGCUGUGAUUUAAGGCGCCCUACCUGUUCCAGGUGUAGUCUCCGAAGCACCAUCUGCAGGUAUCCCACAAGCCCUAGAGGCUUGGAAACCGGUGUGGGGAACCAUGGAUUGCCGCAAGAGGGCAAUCAGAGAUAUAGCAAUCUACCACAAGGCAAUGCGACUUUCGAGCUGGAGCCACUGGGUGCUGGUUUGAGCCCGGAUGCUGAAUUCUCUGCGCCAGAAAACCAGGGUUUAGAUUUGAAUUCCCUAUUACCUCCAGAUUUAGGCGUUCUGGACAACGAAUUGACAUAUCCGUUUGGAGGUAUUAACGACCUUGAUACUUUGGACUACAAUUAUGCAUUGAUAAAAAACAUGCCCGGCCCAAGCCGCGACGAACCCAUUCAAAUCUGGGACUCAGCUCCGUCGAGUUCUGCGCUGGGUGCAGCUCGUCAUAGCGUCCAAUUUAUCCUUCGAGUAUCUCUAACAUGGCCUCGAAUGAUGGCCAAAGGCACUCAAUUGCCCCCUAUUAUACACCCCAGACAACUGUCGAACGGAAAUAUUCCUCUGCCUCUAGCUAACUGUUUUUCCCUGGCGAAAAUGUGGGAUGGACAGUGUCGGGGAGGCGCCGGCAUUGUUGAACAAACAGUGAGGAGAGAGGUUCAAGAGAUCGCAAGCUUGAAGUUUCGAUCAUUCGACGAGGGCGAGCUCAUCGCAGCCGUACAAGCGCUGACGAUCUAUACGCUCAUCCUUUUAUUUCCGCGUAAUGAGCAGAUGACGGUCUCACUACUUGACGAUAAGCUCGUCAAGCAUCUGAAGACUAUCAUGCAUUACGUCCUGUCAACGGGUAUGGUGAUCGAGGAGGAGAUCAAUCGUACUCGACCCUUAUGGGACUGCUGGAUAUCUGUUACUUGCAAACGACGAGCAGUUUUAGGUCUAUAUAGUAUAUACUGGGCAUACAGUGCAUAUCAUGGCAUGCAAGGUUUUGAUUGCAGCGAACUAAACCACAUUCCGGCACCGGCUCCCAAGUACCUUUGGCAAGCCACGACCAAAGAGCAGUGGGAGUCACUAUACAACCGAUGGCUAGCCCAGUGGGACGGGCCGUAUUAUCGCCAGGGAGAACUGUUCACAAUAACUCCUGGGGUUCGGAUGGACAAACGCGCAGAGCUGUGGUUUGAAGAAGUAGAUGAGUUUGGUAUGCUAUUUGCAACUUCGAUCAAAACCUUUGAACGAGGGCCGGAGUUUACUGGCUCACCUGACGACCCCUAAGUUCGCUAGCUUUGUUGGUUUCACGAGGGCCGAUGAAAUACAAACGGAUCGCUAGCUGGCACACGUCGUAGUCGUGUGGAUUCUAAACGGCUUAUCAUCGAAGAAUCUUGGGCAUCCCAUCUUUCGAGACGUGGUAUAGAAGCAUAACCGCAUGCCGAACAACGAGCAUAAGUUUUCAUAUCCAGGAAAAAUACCAGACACUCGGCGCAUUCUGAACCACAACUAUCGAAUGUAUUGCUGUGUACAAGUUACAAGUGAAGUGAUCGAUGGCUGGACACCAAAACCUUUCUAGGGACGCUUUUCCUCGCUUCAAAUAUGUUGGCGCAAUCUUGUUUAUAUUUUUUGACUUUGCGAGAGCUGGGGGUGGUCACAGGCGUUAUCAGUUAGGAGUAAAUUAGAAUUGUUGGACAGGGAGGCUUCAUGCUUAGGGGACCGAUAUGCAACGAGAUCAGCAUGCAUGAUUUGCGGGGGUAUCUUGAAAAUACAUUUUCCUGUUCGGGAGGC